AUGCCUCCACCUACAUACGCGCCACUAGACGAAGAGCUUCAAGCAUUAUGCAAAUCCAACCGCAUCGACGAUAUUGAAGCUCUUCUCAAAAUCUGCCUUAGUAAUGAUUCAAGCUACAUCCCGGCCAUAAACGAUAUGAUCCUUGCAGCUGUGGACUUAGAUGCCGCAGACAUAGUCGCCUGCUGUCUGUUCCACGGCGCUACAGUUCCCAGAACAACGGUACUACGCCGUCUCAAUGUCCAUAUUGGAAGCAAUGGGUUCGAAACGUACAAAGUCCUCAUCGAGACCAAAGUAGUGGAUAUAAGUUAUUAUAUCCCUUUGUUUGGUGAUGUACUAGGCAUUAUCGCCGACGCAAAUAACAUCAACUGGGUCCGAUAUUGUCUAGAACACGGCGCGGACCCCAAUAAGAAUCUGAUCGAAGAAUUCAAGACUCCACUUGCAGCGGCAGCUGGUAAUGGCAACAUGGGCAUGGUGCAGUUAUUGCUCGAUUAUGGAACUGAGCCAAAGGAGAGUGGUGCUAUUGUCGUUGCUGCCGAAGAGGGACAUGCGCAUAUCGUGGAGCUCUUGCUUGAGAAUGGGGUUGAGAUUGAUGAGAUUGGGGUUGAAGGACUGCCGGGUGAUAGGAAAUUCGAGGAUUUAGGGAGUGCAUUGCAUAAGGCUAUUAUUAAGGGGCAUGACGAGUUGGCUGUGUGGUUGACUGAUCAUCAGUAG